AUGGCUCUAGUCUCGUCCAUCGUUGUAUUUUUUAGAGUAUACAUCCAAUGGGCCGAAAGAUCGUUCUGGUGGGAUGAUGGUUUGAUGUUGGCCGCAUUGAUAAUAUAUAUUGUUAACAUUGGAUUUGCUUGUAGAAGCGUACUAUAUAACGGUACCCCCAAUGCGAAUAUUCCUAUAUCCAUGCAGGUCGAAAGUAACAAAUAUCUGACCCUUUGGUCACUAUUAUACGCUUCAUGCCUUUUAAUCGUCAAGGCUUCUAUCUGCUUGACUAUGUUUCGGCUGAGAAAGCCCACGAAAUAUAUCCGCUUCGCGAUCUAUACUCUUCUCCUGGCAAGCUUUGCAUCGUUUCUCGUUGGCGUCAUAGGUCUCUUAACUCAAUGUGAUUCCGUCGAAGCUAUUUGGGACAAGAGACUCAUGAGAGAUGGCAAGAUAGCAUGCAAAGAUAAAGAUAACAUGCUGGGCAUCAUAUAUGCUACUACGAUUAUAACGAUCGCGACUGAUGUGGCAUGUACUGUUUUACCGGCAGUCAUGAUGUGGAAUACUCAACUCAAGCUGAAAAAGCUACUAAUUAGCUUGCUUUUGUUAUUCGGGCUGUUCGCUUCUAUUUGCACGGUAAUCCGUAUGUAUGAUAUUCAACGGUUUACGGGAAAAGGUUUACAUUUCUGGACCUUGAAAACUGUGCUGUGGUCGAACAUCGAAACGGGCAUUGGUAUCAUCUCAGGGUCGAUGCCAGUGCUGCAGAAGAUUAUUUUGAGCCAGCCUAAGAAACGAGAGACGAUCAUAUCAUCUAAAGCUCCCAGUUCAGCCCUCCCUCAUAGCGCACCCAUCAAGUCUCAAAGUAACCGAGAAGACUUUGGUAAUCCGUUUGACGCCGGCUGCAAUAUCACGACAGUAUGCGCGAGUCGUCGUUCUCGUGAUUGGGACCGUAUGGAAGGGACGUUUAACUUUCCCUUUAUUCGUGCCGAGUAUACUUACGAAGUUACGCGAUCAGAUUUCUCUACCGAGAUGGCAAAAAUGGAAGUGUAA